AUUAACCAUUCAUUUUCCCUAAUUCUUUCACCUUCUGGUCCUUCUCCUCCUCAAACCGUCGCCGCAACCACUUUCAAAGAGAACAAAACAGUUCUUCCCCAUUAAUACAGUACCACCAGUUCAUCCACCAUGAAAACCCAAAACCAGCAAACCAAUCUUCCACUGCCGUAGACAAACAAUAGUUACCCCCUCUCCACCUUCAGAACCAUACAAUCCCUUUUCUUCCCUGUUGUCUUCUUCUCAAACUCAUAGCAACAGAAGUUACUAUUGAAGAAAAUCCGAUCUGACACCAAAACCAAAAGCAUCGAAAGCUAAUUUGAUUCAGAGAAAAUGGGUAAUGGAUCUGACAUAGAGGUUAUGAAAUCAAUUGGGUUGGGUCUUUCUUCUUCCACUUUUAUAACCCUCUGAUUAUUAAUUUUCUCUUUCGAUCUAUACAUAUAUAUCUUGAAUGUUGAGUUUCUUCGAUUAGAUUUUUUGAAUUAAUUUCAUUGUGUGGAAACUAACAUCAUGGGCAUAAGGAGAUUCAGAAAUUAAUUUUUGGGUGUAAAAAGCUUGAAUGAAGCUGACAUUUAAAAUUUUGGAUGAGAAAUUGACGGAUAUUUUCUUGAAAACAUUCUGUAAAUUGAACUCAAAAGUGAUGGAUUUGUUGUUUUUGUUUGAAAAUGGGGAAAGAAUGAUAUGACAGUAAAGAUAUCAACAACAAUAACAAUGGGUGAUGGAUGUAUUGAGAUGUGACUAUGGAGAGUAACGAAGAAGAAUUAGGGAAACUGGAUUGAUCUAAUAGAUCCAGAAGACGAAAGUGAUGGCGGUGGAGGCGGUGCUGACUAUCUGUCAUCUUCUUCCUGUCUCAGAACCUUUAUCUAUUCCACAGCCUGCUCUCACUCCCAUAUUCAAUGUGACCCAUUGUCUGUCAACAAGUGUAUAUGUUCUUCCUUCAAUAUUUUGUUUCCAAUCUCUCUUUCUUCCUCACUCAUAUCAAUCUCUAGAAGACUAAAAUGGCAAAGAAAUCGAGUUUUAAAUUUGUUGGAAGCUCCAGUAACAAUGUUGAAGAUCAUACUUGCAUCACUAAGUUUAAGUUUCAGGAACUUGCUGCGGCCACAAAGGAUUUUGCAUCACAAUCCCUUUUCGGCCAAGGAGAAUACAGGCGUACAUUCAAAGGCUGCUUAAAGAGCAGUGGACAGAAAUCAUCUUCACAGGAUGUUGCAAUUAGACAAAUUGACGAUGAAAGCAUCUUUACGAUUCACGGAUACCAUGACCCGUCAUUGAUUUCGGCAAUUCAGAUGCGUGUCCUUUUGCACCAUCCUAACAUAGUCGAUCUGAUAGGUUACAGCAUCAAUGACAAAGACCAGAUGUUUCUUAUUUAUGACUUCAUGCCAUUGGGAUCCUUGAAGGAUUAUUUGCAUGUUCUUCUGCGCAAUAAGAAGCCUCUGGAUUGGAAUACGAGAAUGAAAAUUGCAGCUGGUGCAGCUAAAGGAAUAAAAUACUUGCACGAUAAAUCAACUCCUCCCGUUAUCCUUAGAAAUAUUAAACCCUCCGACAUUCUCCUAUCCGCUGAAUAUCACCCAAAACUGUCAGAUUUCCUCGGGUUCAAGGAGCGCAUUCCAGAUCAUGACGAGUCUAGCCAUACAAGUUUCGGCUUAGUCUUGCUUGAACUAGUUUCAGGGCGCCUGGCAGAGAUUGAGCCUAGUCUCAUUGGAUGGGCAAAGCCUAUACUGGCAGGCGGUAAAGGAAUUCACUGCGGUUGCAGAUCCACUACUGAAAGGGCAUUAUCCAGAGCAAGGCUUGUACCAAGUUCUUUCUCUUGCAUCUCAGUGUUUACAGCGUAAAAUUGUCAGUUGGCCUCGUAUGGGAUAUGUUGCUAAAGUUCUCUCAAAUUUGGCUUCUGAAAUUUACGACCCAAAUGCUGUCCAAAUUAAUUGAGCAGGCUCAUUGGCAGUUGGCAACAUUGAGAAAGAGCAAUGGCGACACGUCUGGUGUAGUAAAAACACAAUUUAGAAUGGGAUCAAUGACGCAGUUUGACAGCAAACUCUAUUUUAUUGGCAAAAAACCAGAGUUCUGCUUAUCUUAUAUUGAAGCUUCUCUUCUAUACAAAUAUGUUUUUGAAUAACACAAGAAAGCAAAUAGCUCUAAUGUGCUAAGUCCUGCAAGAAGCCAAUAGAAGUAGUCCAGAUGCGCGCGGUUGAGAUUAUUCGCGAACCAACCAUAUUGCCCAUCCGCGCUAGUUACCUUCUGAACAGUGGAUAUAAGAAAGCCACUGGUGAAAUUCCCUACACCGAACACACUAGUGUUCAAGGCGAGACCCAUGCUUUUUAAUCCAUUUGGUACCUGAUCGUAGAAAAAUUCUUGUAAACCAAUACUGGUGAAUGCAAUAGCAAGACCAGACACCACGUAUUGCGGAAUCAACCACCAGACACUCAUUGGCACCGCUGCAUUUGGUGUAUCGACUAAUCCGAAAUCUAUUGCAGUUUGAAGUCUUUUAUUCUCCACUACAGCUGCAAUCACCAUGGAUAUUGCUGUAAAAAAUAUGCCAGUCCCAAUUCUCUGGAGCAUAGUUAUGCCAUUUGGUCUGCCAGUAAUAGCUCGCGCAAGAGGAACAAAUAGACGGUCGUAUAAUGCAGCAAAGAGAAUGAUAGAUAAACCAAUGAAAAGCUGAAGUGAUGCAGCAGGUAUCUGAAACUUUGGACCAAUUGUUCUGUCCAUCGUGCUGCUUUGUUUUGUAAACAAUGUCAUGUUUUGAGCAAUCGCCACCGGAUAUAUCAAACAUAUGAUCCACAAUGGAAUCAACCGUAGUAAAGAUUUUGCUUCUUCAACAUUGGCAUUUGAGUUGCCGACAAAA